AUGGGAUUUUGCAGGAAGAGAUUUGUUAAGGUGUCCAGGUUGCUCUUCUGGUUCUUCAUUGGGACAGCUUUUAUGCUCUUCAUUGUCUCUUUCAGCUUCUUGCUUGGAUUUUCACAAAAGCCUCAUAUCAGGGCUUUCAGUCAUUUUCAAAAUGCCAGAGAAGUGUCACAGGAGAACCGCCAAAAGAUUAGAGCAGCAGAGGUGAGCCCGCAAGAGGUAAUUCUGAGGACAAACAGCGCUAUUCUGAAACAAGAUGUAGUCAAGAGGACAGCAGAAGAUGAAGUAAACAUCAAGGAGAAGCAAAAAGAAGGCAAGAAUACAAGACCAACAUCCAAUGAGAAACCAGCCAAGAACGGUGUAGCAGGAGCUCCCAAUGACAAGCCUGCCAAGGAUAAUGGUGUACCAGCAGCGCCCAGUAACAAGCCAGCCAAGGAUAAUGGUAUACAAGCAGUACCCAAUGACAAGCCAGCCAAAGAUAACGGUGUACCAGCAGUACCCAGUGACAAGCCAGUCAAGGAUAAUGGUGUACCAGCAGUGCCUAAUAACGAGCCAGCCAAAGAUAACGGUGUACCAGCAGUGCCCAAUAAUGAGCCAGUCAAGGAUAAUGGUGUACCAGCAGUGCCCAAUAAUGAGCCAGCCCAGGAUAAUGGUGUACCAGCAGUGCCCAAUAAUGAGCCAGCCAAAGAUAACAGUGUACCAGCAGCACCCAACGACAAGCCAGCCAAGGAUAAGAGCAUAGCCCAAAACCAGGCAAAAAUGGAAGUGGCCCCCACGUCAGCUAAGCCUGGUGCUGUGAGACCUGUGACACAUGGCCAGGGUCACCCUAGCCCUGCAGCGCAGAAGCCAGCUGUUCCCACAGGCCAGAGGGUCAUGAGUCAGGUUUCUGCAGUGACAGAAAAGAAAAGGCUGAAGGCUGCUGAUUUCAAGUCUGAGCCCCAGUGGGAUUUUGAGGACCAGUAUGUCCUGGACAGUUUGUCUCCACCAUCGAGCUGCCCCACUUCAGUGAAGGCCCAAGCUGCCAAGUCUGACUGGUUGAAGAACCUUUUCCUGCCCAACAUCACACUCUUCAUUGACAGGGUACACUUCAGUGACAGUGAAUGGGAGCGCCUGGAGCAUUUUGCACCUCCAUUUGGUUUUAUGGAGCUAAAUUACUCAUUGGUGAAGGAGGUCUUAACACUCCUGCCACCCAACCCUUCCCAGCAGAUCCUCCUAGCCAACAACAGCAGCCAGAUACCAAGGUGCAUCAGCUGUGCUGUGGUGGGGAAUGGGGGAAUAUUAAACAAUUCUGGAAUGGGCAAGGAGAUCGACUCCCACGAUUAUGUGUUCCGGGUGAGUGGGGCGAUGGUCAAAGGCUAUGAGAAAGACGUGGGAACAAAAACGUCUUUCUAUGGAUUCACAGCCUACUCCUUGGUGGUCUCUCUCUCAACACUGGGGAGCAUGGGCUUCAAGAAGAUCCCAAUGGGAAAAGACAUCAGAUACAUUCACUUCCUGGAGGGCGAGAGGGAUUUUGAGUGGCUCAAGGCUCUCCUGUUGAACAGGGACGUCAGGAAGGGAUUUCUGGACCAAUACGGGCACAGGCCUCGGGACAAAUUCAGUGAUGAUUUUAAUCUGGGUCAGUAUCUGGUGAUCCAUCCUGACUUCCUCAGAUAUAUGAAAAACAGGUUUUUAAGAUCCCAAACUCUGAAUAUGCCCUACUGGCGAAUUUACAGACCCACCACUGGUGCUUUCCUGUUGCUGACUGCCCUCCAUCUCUGUGACCGGGUGAGUGCCUAUGGCUAUAUUACAGAAGGCUACAACAAGUACUCGGAUCACUAUUAUGACAAGGUGUGGAAACGCUUGAUCUUCUACGCCAACCAUGACUUCGAUCUGGAGAGAAGGGUAUGGAAAAAACUCCAUGAUGAAAAUAUCAUGAAACUCUACCAGCGCUCCUGA